ACUUCUGCUCAGCUCCCUCGAAAACUUUUUAGAAACUUUCUCUACGCGUGAUGAAGCUGAGAUUUUUUCUCCCUCUGGCUUGCUUAGCCUGCCUUUUUCUACUGGAAUUGGGGGAAUGCCAGAAAAAGGAGGAGAAAGUCACCGAAACGGUGGGCAAAGUUGCCCGGGAGAAGCAAACCCCCGGCAAGAAGCUCAAACCCAGCGUCAAGAAGAUCAAAGCGAGGAAGGAGAAGAAAACCAUGGCCAAGGAGUCUCCACCGGUGUUUAUCAUGAGCCUGGCGAUCAAGAAGGGAGUGUUUCAGAAACCGCCGGAAACCUUAUCCGUCCCCGCUGGAGGGAGGUUUGAGCUGCGAUGCAGAGGCAAGCCCAUCAACUGGCGUUACCCCAGCUAUCUGGACGAGGACGAUGACAGCAGGUUCAGAAUUAGCCACCGAGAGAAGUUCAGCCAACUGAUCCUAACAAACACCACCGGAGCUGACACCGGGGAGUACGGCUGCUGGGCUCUGCACUGCGAUGGGCAGAACUGCAGGAAGGACGAGUCGAAGACAGGCAGCACCUAUGUCUUCUUCACCGAUCCACGUGAGCUGUUUAUACCAUCGAACGAUUAUUACGAAGCAGUCCAGCUGCGGACAGACAGGCCCACCAGGCUUCCCUGCCGAGUGACCAACCCAAUGGCCAAAGUGACCCUGCACCGGGAAUUCCCACCGGAGGAGAUCCCGCUGGACGGGACACUGAUCACGUUUGAUGUGACGAAGGGUUUUGUUGUCCACAAGGCUGUGCCGUCCUUCGCUGGCACGGUUUACUGCGUGGCCAGUUACCAGGGAUUGAGGCAGAGCUCAACAAAGUACCUCCUGAUAUUUGUCAGGUAUCCCUCUGCUCGGCCCUCGGCUGUUAUCAAAGCCUCCGUCAGUUCAGCGCGUGUGGGUGAGAACUUUAAUUUGACGUGUGCAGCUCUGGGAGAGCCCGAGAUACCGGUGGACUUUACCUGGGUGUUUCCUGGGCAGAAGUUGGGGAGACCAACCUACACCCGGGAGACCCAACGCCAAGUGUACAUCGGAAGAAAGAUCCAGCAAUUGUCACAGAGCGUGCUUUUAGUGGAUGAGAGCCGACCUGUGGAUGAGGGACUGUAUUCCUGCACGGCUCAGAAUAUGCAGGGACAGAGCACAGCGUCCACUACCGUCAAGGUUCUUCCUCACCCCAGUCCGGGGCAAACAUAAGAGAAGUCCGAGCGUUUGAAAAUCGAGGCACCUUUUGCGAAAAGUUUUUUUUUAAAAAAAAAAGUAUAUGAAAAGUAUAUCGUUGACAUGAAGUAGCUUGAGUCUAUGGUAAUUGUUAGAGAGAUCUAUUACCUAUUAUUUUUAGUUUUGUUAAAAAAAAUAUUUUAUUCAUCCAAGAUUUUACUCUCACCUUGUGAGUAAGUCACCAUAGAAUCAUACAGCACAGAAGGAGGCCAUUCGGCCCAUCGUGGCUGUGUCGGCUCUUUGAAAAGAGUCAAUCCCACUUCCCCCGCUCGCGCCCCCGUAGCCGUGCAAAUUUACAACAUUUACAGAAUUUGCAGUAUUUACACCAAGGAUAGACUGAGAUGUGCGUCGCACAACGGGACAGUAGAGGGCACUGCGUGUUAGCUACACAAGUCCCAUUAACGUCAGCUUUUAUUUACAAAUAUUA